AUGGCCGUCAGGCACCUGCCAACCAUGGUCCAGGAAUCAGUGACCUUCAAGGACGUGGUCGUGCUCUUCACCCGGGACGAGUGGGCACAGCUGAGCCCUACUCAGAGGGCCCUUUACAGGGAUGUGAUGCUGGAGAACUACAGCAACCUGGUCUCACUGGGACUCUUAGGACCUCAACCAGAGCUGUUUUCCCAGCUGGGAAAAGGAGAAGAAUGGAUGCUGGAGGAUGCAUCGGGAAGCUUCUGUCUUGACUGGAUGACUAUGCCCGUGAGUAAGAACUCUCCUCUCAAGGCGGAUAUUCCUGACGAAGACUUGGAUCAGUGGAUGAUAAAGAAAGGAUUCGCUAGAGAUAGUCACUGGAAAUAUGAUGGCCUGUUGGAAUGGCAGCAUGGAGGCCAGGGGGUCCUUGCUCACCAGAAAACCCCCUCUGUGCUCAGCGCCCAGGCCAGGGAUGAACCUGGGAAGCACUGCACUGUGAGCUCAUCUGUUGUUCAGAGUCAGGGAUUUCAAUCUACCAAAAAAGCCUUCGAGUGUAGUGAGUGUGGAAAAGUCUUCACUAAGAGUUCAACCCUUAAUAAACAUCAGAAAGUUCAUACUGAAAAACUGAAUGCAAAUCGGAAAACUGUUAUUAAAGAGAAACGAUAUGAAUGUAGAGAAUGUGGGAAAGCCUUUCACCAGAGUACACACCUCAUCCACCACCAAAGAAUUCACACUGGCGAGAAACCGUACGAAUGUAAGGAAUGUGGCAAGGCCUUCUCCGUGAGCUCCUCACUCACUUACCAUCAGAAAAUUCACACUGGAGAGAAACCUUUCGAAUGCAAUCUAUGUGGGAAAGCUUUUAUCCGAAACAUACACCUUGCCCACCAUCACAGAAUACACACUGGAGAGAAACCUUUUAAAUGUAACAUAUGUGACAAAGCCUUUGUGUGCAGGGCACAUCUUACCAAACACCAGAAUAUUCAUAGUGGAGAGAAACCCUAUAAAUGUAAUGAAUGUGGGAAAGCCUUUAAUCAGAGUACAAGUUUUCUUCAGCAUCAAAGAAUUCACACUGGAGAGAAGCCCUUUGAAUGUAACGAAUGUGGAAAGGCCUUCAGGGUGAACUCUUCCCUUACUGAGCAUCAGAGGAUUCAUACUGGAGAGAAACCUUAUAAGUGUAGUGAAUGUGGGAAAGCUUUCAGGGAUAAUUCAUCCUUCGCUCGACAUCGGAAAAUUCAUACUGGAGAGAAACCUUACAGAUGUGGUUUGUGUGAGAAAGCGUUCAGGGAUCAGUCAGCCCUAGCCCAACAUCAGAGAAUUCAUACUGGGGAAAAACCUUAUACGUGUAAUAUGUGUGAGAAAGCCUUCAGUGACCAUUCAGCCCUCACUCAACAUAAGAGAAUCCACACCAGGGAAAAACCUUACAAAUGUAAAAUCUGCGGGAAAGCCUUUAUUCGAAGCACACACCUUACUCAACAUCAGAGGAUUCACACAGGAGAGAAGCCCUAUAAAUGUAAUAAAUGCGGGAAAGCUUUCAACCAGACUGCAAACCUCAUUCAGCAUCAGAGACAUCAUGUUGGAGAAAAGUGAUAGGAUUAUAGUUUACAUGGCAGAGCUUUGAG